UGACAAAGUUUUUCUAAAUUAAUGAAUAAUAAUAUAUAGUAUUAAUAAAAUAUUAAAUUUAAAACCAAGAAUACUAGAAAAUGGAUGCAGUUACAUUAAAUAAAACCAAUGAAGACGUAAAUGGCGUAUCGUCCAAGACGAAUGACGAAGAUACCGGCUUUACUUCCUGCGGCACACACUUGGAUGUUAAGGGUAGAAAGUUGACAGUACGCAUGCUGCGUAUGAAUUUAGGUACUUUGGUUACCAUAUCUCCUCAAGGCAAUGAAAGCCUAAAUGAAAUGGGAGUUGCAUGUCCAGCGGUAGGUGGCGGAGCAUCCUCGUCAAGCACAACAUUAUUUGGGCCAGAAUAUGCCUCUAAUUCGCAACGAUUAGCUGAUUUAUGGAGCAAACGUUACAAACGGCAAUUUAUAGUAAGCUGCAAUGUACAAACUAAUGACAUUGAUGGCGCUAACAUAGAAAAAGCUUUAAGCGACUGGAUAUGCGCGAAUGUGUAAGCAUAAAAGAUAGCAAUGGGUUUCAAAAACAACACCAACAGUAUACCAUACUGCCAUGCCAGUAAUAUCAAUAUGAAAAUAUAUUCAAAUGCUUUCUUACUAAAAAAAAAAUUUACAAAACUUUAUUUUUAAAUUAAAUGUUAAACAUGUAAGAUUAGUUUAAGAGAUGAAAUACUUAAAAUUGCUUCAAUAAAACUUGUUUAUAAA